AAAAUGUUGCAGUGCAUAGGUUUCGCCUAGAAUAAGAAAAGAUGCCGAAGCUGGAAGUGAGUAAUGAACUGAGCACGCCAAGUCGGCCAUCAAUUAUGAUGGAACCCUCAAGAAAAAGGGUGGCCGUAAUUGGUGGCGGAUCAAGUGGAAUUGUGUCAAUUGCCCAACUUAAACUGGAAGGUAUAGAACCUAUAUGUUUUGAAAAGACUGGUAACUUUGGCGGUACAUGGUACUACAGAGAAGAAACCAUGGAAGGAGUAGCUUCCAUCAUGCCAACAACCAUUAUCAACCACAGCAAAGAAAUGGGGGCUUGGAGCGACUUCCCUCCCCGUAAAGAGUACAGCAACUACAUGAGACAUAAUGAGAUGCUGCAGUACAUCACAGACUACGCGGAAUAUUUUGACUGUUUGAGACACAUCCAGUACAAUAAGGAGGUCACUGAGGUAAAAAGAAGCAUUGAUUAUGAAGAUACUGGACGAUGGAUCGUUUCCGUGAGGGACAACCUAACUGGGGAGGAACUUUCGGAUGUUUACGACGGUGUCAUGAUCUGCACUGGGCACAUAAAUUUGCCCAAAAUGGCAAUUUAUCCAGGACAACAACAUUACAAGGGCAAAGUCAUGCAUACUCACAGUUUAAAAGAAGUUAAGGAUUUUAAAGGCCAACGAGUGCUCGUGAUAGGCAUUGGAUGCUCAGCGCUUGAUGCAGCUGUUGAAAUUAGUAGCGUUGCGAAACAGGUAUACCUCAGUACACGGUGUGGAGCUUACAUAAUGAACCGAGUGGGACCGGGUGGGUAUCCAAUAGACUACUGCCUACUACGCCGGCACUUCUUAAAGCACAUUGACUUUUUCCCAAUUGACCUGUGUAGCAAGUUUAUUGAGCAUUUUUUCCUGAAUCCAAAAUUUGAUUACCAUUUAUAUACAGUAAAACCAAAAUUUCACACUCUGUCGAAAGAUCCUAUUCUCAAUGACCAAAUCGGCUCCAAACUUCUUUCGGGUGCAGUGAUCCAAAAAGGAGAUGUUGAGUAUUUCACUGAAGACGGUGUUGUCUUCUUUGGUGAAAAAACGCCUACAGAAAUUGAUACAGUGAUUAUGGGAACAGGUUACACGUGGAAGUUCCCGUUUUUAGAAGAAGGGGUAUUGACGAAACACAGAGGGGUGAUAAACCUCUACAAAUGCAUGUACCCUCCUCAGCUGAAGCAUUCAAGUCUAGUCUUCAUUGGAUUCAUAAAUCCUUUUGGACCAGGAUUCCCAUUAGGAGAACUUCAAUGCAGAUGGGCUGCCCAAGUGUUUGCCGGAAACUGCAAGCUGCCAUCAGAAAAGAAAAUGCUUAAGGACGUCAAGCGAAGGCACAAGAAAAAUGAAAAACGGUACACCCCGAGUGAGAUAAUGAGCAUACGAGUUGAUUUUUUGCAGUACAUGGACGAAAUUGCAGAGCAGAUAGGAGCAAAGCCAAAUUUAACAAAAUACUUUUUCACAGAUCCUCGACUAUUUUUUAAGUUGUGGUUCGGACCUUGUCUCUCCUAUCAGUACAGACUACGGGGACCUCAUAAAUGGGAAUGCGCGAGAAAGGCAAUAAUGACAUGUAAGGAAAGGAUGCUGUGGCCAUUAAAAAAUAAUGCUGUGAUUUUAGAGACUUCAAAAUUCCAAGGACAUUUUAAAGCCAUCAGUGAAGAAUCAGUGAUAAAAAUGUAACUAUACAUUUCUGAUGAUUCAU